AUGACUGACAAAGGACUUACAGAACCAUUACUAAACUUUAAAGGUUUAAAUAAUGUACUUGCAUCGUCAAGCAAGCCUUAAACUCUUCCAAUUGAUUCAGAAGUAAACACUGUGUUCGCUAGUAUUUAAACUAUUGGAGAUAAACUAGUUAAUGGAAGUGAAAUUGAAGGACGAGCUAAACACUAUAUAAUUACUAGAAGUGGAAAUCUACUAAACUUCUCUGAAAAUGGAAAACUUACACUUUGGAGUUUACUUAGUAAAAAGCUUGUUUAUUCUGAGGAUGUAAAAAGAAUCAAUGUUCUAUAUGAGACUCCAAAAGGAUCCAAACUUUUUAUCGGGUACAAUAACGGGACAUUGGAGAGUCGUGAUCCCAAUACUUAAUAAGUACUAUAAUAAGUAAAUUUAAGAAGUGCGGUAAAAGCUCUAGUCUCUGAUGAUAAAAAUUUGUACGUGAGUUUAAAAAACGGCAAAAUAUUAUAGUUCUCUUGCAAGAACAUAUCUUCUGUAAGCUAAAAGGUAAUCAGACCAAUAGAUAGAACAUCUCCUAUCACUCAUCUUAAACUUUCAAGAGAUGAGAUAUUUUUAGUCGGGUAUGUUGACAUUGAUCAAGUGGAAAUGCUCUUCGUAUUUAAUAUUAUAAAGCCUGAACAGUCUUGGUAAACUAAACUUGAUUUAUCUCCUGGUGAGCUUAGAGAAGACCCAGAUAAGCUGGUAGUAAUCUCUGAGGAUUGCUUAAACCUUUUUAUCAGAGGUGAAAAUAACAAGGGAGUAUGCAUGUAUUCCCUAUUUGAUGGCUCUGUCGUCUAAAACGUGACAUCAAUGCAUACUAACUAUAUAAACUAAAUACUUAUUACAAAAGAUUCUAAGAGAGUGAUUACUUGUUCAAAGGAUAGAAAGAUAAAGGUAUGGGACUGGAUCAAGUCAGAGUGCUUGGCCACCUUGACACUUCAUGAAGAAGGUGUAGAGACUAUGGUUCUAUCAGAAGACGAGACUUUGCUUUUCACUGGGUCUUAUGAUACAGCCGUAAACGUUUGGUCUAUGUAUGACUAUGUCUCACUAACUAAAUUAAAAACCUAAUUCCCAAUAAGAUCUCUUCACUUGAGCGGUGAUAAUGAUAUUCUUUUGGCUUGCGGUAAUCUAAAUAGCAAAACUGACCAACCAAUGCAGGCAUUCUGGGUCUUGGAAGAUAAUGCUGAUGCUUUCAGAAUUAGAGUAGAAUUGAAGAAUGUUUCAAACUGCUAUGUUACUCCAAACAAUGAAUAUUUGGUCACAAUGAAUGGAAAUUCUUCUUUAAAGAUUUGGAAUCUUAAGAGCAGAGUGCUCAUUGAAUAGCAUAAAGUCAAUUGCUAGUUCAGAUACAAUCUUAGAGCACUGAAUGGCACUAGAGAUUCAGAAAGCAUCUUUUUCUAAAAAGAGUAAAGUGAAAUUAUCUAAUGGUCAUGCUCAUAGCAAUAGCAAGUUCAUACAUUCAUCCAUGGAAGUUAAGUAUAAGACAUAGUGAUUACAUCAGACGAUAGAAUGAUGUAUUGUGCUAUCGAGAAAUCAAUUUACAAGUGGGAUCUGUAAACUAAAUAGGAACUCUGUAGAUUUCUGCACCCCGAUGGUUAUUUUUUGUAUCUUGUUCUAUCAUCGGAUGACUAAAGAUUAUUGGCUAAUGGAUUAGGAGCAGAUAUCUUCGAAUAUGACCUAAAGCUUGAUGAUACCUAGGAAUUAAAGCGCUUUGAUAUAAUUAAGGACGCAUGCUGGCUUAAUUUUGAACUAUCACCUGAUGGAGUUACUCUCAUUCAGACUCAUUAAUAUAAUGGUUCAUUCUGGGUAUGUAACUUAAAAGAGGGUAGAGUUGUUAAGAUUCUUAGCAAAAAUUCACAAAUUAUUAACUUUGUUGGCUUUACUAAGGAUGGUAAAUACUUGAUCACUAGAUCAGAAUCAGAGUCAAUUAUUUGGGAGACAUCCAAAUGGGAAGCUCUUAUUACUAUCCAAGAAGAGUUUGGAGUAGUAACUUCAAGCUCACGACAAGUUCAAGCGAUUAUUCAUGAUGGCCUGUACAAGUCUUGGUCAGACCAAAUCUUUUGCAGCUUCUCCGACGAUUUUACAUUUGCAAGUAUUGAAUAAGAACAAGAAGUUGAGCAGGAUGUCUAGGAAGUUAAUACAUCUGAUAUUAAAAUGACUGGAAAAUUCAACAAUCUGAUGAAACUUUUUAUUGGGAAAGUAGGAAAGAAGUCUCCUGAUGAGAAUAAAUAUCUUCCAUAUCUUUACAAAACUUAAAUUUAACCAUUCAAAAUGACUCUAGCACAUUUCUAUGCUUACUUUAAUAGAGCUGAUAUUGUCUAAAAAUUGCUAGAAAUGGGUAGCCCUUAUAUUGAAGACGUUAAUUAAAAUACUCCCUUGGACUAUGCCAUUCAAAAGAAAUCAUACGAGAGUGCUACAAUAUUUCUUGAUUACAUUAUAAAAAGUCCUAAUCUCUAUGGAAAAUUAACAGAGGAAAAGAUUAUAAAUCUAAUUGAGUUCGCUCCCUCAAAUUUAAAAGAAUUCUUUGAUUCAGCUGUAAAAGAACAAGUUGGAGAAUAUAUCCCUUCUUUUGGGACAUUGAUAACCAAUCCUAUGUCAUUCAGAGAGUCUCAAAAUAACUUUGUCAGCUUCUCUGAUAUUAAGCACAUGAUGGUAUUAGAUAAAGAUAAUGAUGAACCUUUAGUCUUUAAGACCUUAUAAAUUCCAUUCAAUAUGCAACCAGGCUCAUAAUCUAGUAUCAAUUUACAUAGAACACUUUCUUAGAGUGAGCUUACCGCAUUCAGAGCAGAAUCAGUAUAAGCUAUAUUGACAUAUAAGUGGGACUUAGUAAAAAGGAUUGUUUACCUAAACGGUUUAAUAUACCUUUUCUACAUGGCAGUGUUGUUUACGUUCAUCUAGACAUACCACGAGAUUUCCUUAUAUUUUCUGAUUGCUUUUGGCUUCUAUUUCAUGGGAUUUGAGAUUCUUCAAAUUUGCUUGAAUAGAUUGAGUUACUUAGGAGAUUUUUGGAAUAUAUUCGAUUUCUUGAGAGUACUAUUGCUAAUCUUUUUCAUUUAUAAUGCUUUUAAACAUGAAGACUGGAAUAAAAGUUAGUCAAUGCUCUAACUUUUGGGAACUCUUAAUUUCCUGUCUUGGGUUAGAGCACUUUCAUUCUUGAGACUCUUCUAAAAGACAAGAAUUUUCAUUAGGCUUUUGGUAGAGGUUAUCUAUGACAUGAUUCCAUUUAUGAUUGUUUUAAUUGGAGCUGUACUCGGAAUAUCGCUUAGUUUUGAAGUUAUUAAUGAUAUCAGUAUGCUUGAGGCUCUCAAACAUAAUUAUAGACUUACAUUUGGUGACUUUGAAACAGAUAAUUACACAGCAGCUAACUGGACUUUGUUCAUUAUUGGUUCAGUCUUAAUUCCAUUAAUUAUGCUUAAUAUGUUGGUUGCAAUAAUGUCAGAUACCUAUGCUAGAGUUAUGUCAGACAUUUUACCAUCAGAUUUUCUUGAACUUAAUCAAAUGAUCCUAGAGCAAGAAGAAAUUCAGUUCUGGAAUAGAAGAAAGGGCUAACUAGGUUAUCUUCACUAUGUUACUCCCCUUAAAAGAAAAGAAGGAAAUGAAUGGGAGGGCUAAAUCUAAAAGAUUCUUGCACUACUUUAAUAACAUAACGGUUAAUCUCCAGAGGUAUUAAAUAAACUUGGGGAAAAAAUGGAUCUAAUAAUGGAAAGUCAAAAAGUUUAAUUCAGAGAUACAAAUCUUAAAUUUGACGAGCAAAAAAAAAGAUUUGAUCGCAUUUAAUAGGAACUUGAAAUAAUUCUUCCAAAGUCACAAAAAGAUGAAAUUGUUGUAGAAGAAGAAGAAGAUAGUGAUGGUGAUUUCUUUGAUGAUGAAUACGUUGAAGAAUAAUCAAAGAUCGCCUAAACUUAUUUUCAAAUUAACAGUUGCACUGUAAAAAAAUACUUAAACGGAAAUUGGCUCAGUUUUAACCCGACAAAGCAAGGGAAGUUGCUUAAGGAAGAAUCAAUUAAAGCAAUAAAAUAGAUUUUUAGAAGAGUCAAUAAAAAAAUUCCAGAUGAAUCUAAUAUUGAAAAUUUGAUGAAAGAAAUUGAUCUCAAUGGUGAUGGACUUUUAUCUAAGAUAGAGUUAUAUGUCUUGUUCAUGAGACUAUGGAAUUAUCAUCAAGAAGUAGAGGAAGAAAUAACUUUGAUGAACUAAUCUAAAUAUCCAAAAGAUGCUUUCUCCAGAUUCCUUGAAUCGUAACAAAGAGAAAUCUUUGAAUAAUUAUGGACUAAAUAUGAUAGUGAUAAUAAGGACCACAUUGAUGCUAAGUAAGGAACAUCAUUAAUCAAAGAGUUUAGCAAAAAAUCCCUAAAUGAUUAAGAGAUAAUUGACCUACUCAAAUAGCUUGACAGAGAUGGAAAUGGGGAAAUAUCAAAGGAUGAAUUAAAAACUUUUAUCUCGGAAAACAAAUAUUUACUCAGUGAAUAUUGA